ACGGAUUGAGGAGCCGGAAGCCAAGCCUUUCUCUCUUCUCUCUCUCGACCGCGUGAAAGAGAUAUAUACACAUACAUAUAGCCUAUACAUACAUACAUAUAUACAGCCUUUACAUACAGAGCUGUAACCCUAAAUUCGCGGCUCUGUUAUUGAACAAAUUCGUGUUCAAUUCGUUAAUGUCCGCUUGAUUCAUCUCCUUGUCGAGCUAUUUGCCUGGUGAUUAGGGCUAGUGUUGUGGCAGUUGUGUUGAUUUUAGGUGUUUGUGUGUUUUAUGGUGUUUAGUCGAUUAUUUGGUUGCAGUUCUAGGGAAUUACAGGGUUUUGAUGUUUUGAGUUUGUGGAUUACGGAGACUCGGAGAGCAGGGCAGUAGAGGGUAGAUAUGGUGGAUGAGAUGGGUUCGGUUGCGGAGAAUGUGAGUGGAUUGGGGGAAAGAGGUUCGAUGCAAUCAUGUGAACCGUCUAGUGCAGUUAAGCCUGACUCUCCUGGAACUGUGGUGGUUUCACUAAAUGCUAAUGAAAAUGCGGGUGAAUUUGGUAGUGUCUGGUCGAAGAAGAAGUCAUCUAGACGAAAAAAGGUUGAGAAAGAUGUCGAUGGUAGUGGAUUAGUGAUAAAAACGGGUACCAGUGGAAGGCCUUCCCGGAGAUGCAAGAAGAUGUCCAAUGAAAAAGCUCCCCUGGAUUUGAGUUGUGUCUUGUUUGCUGGAAGAAGAAGAAGAAGUUUAAAUAAACCCCGAUUAUCUGGUUGGGGUUCGCUGGCAGCUAUUCAACAUUUUUUAAAGCAGAGUGCAGAUGCUGACCUGAAUCAAAAUGAGCCUAAAAACUCAAGAACAGCUGGGGUUAGUGAGGAAGAUGCUAAGAGAAAGAGUGACCAGUCACGUGCAGGUUCACUCAGCUCGAAGAAAGAAAUUCCUACUUCAACUAGUCGCAUCCGCCUGAAAGUCACAUUUGGUGGUAGCUUCUCAUCAAAAACCAUGCCUGCUGUUGUGGAUGAUCAUAGAAGUUCUUGUCAUUCCCUGAUUCUUAGUGCUUCCGAUGUUCAUGAUGAUCUUGCUACACAGAAACAGGUUGAAGUACUAGAAACAGUAGAUAGCAGGUGCUUAGAUCCAGGAACUUCACCUGAUUCAGAAGUUAUUAACGUGAUUCCAGACAGCCAAACAAGUGAGAAAAUUGCCGAGGAUGAUAAUUUGAACAAGGAAAUUUGUGUUGUUUCUGGAGAGGUCUCAAGUUCAACUCUACCAGUGGCAAGUACUAGUAAAGGAAAAAAGAAGAAUAUAUGCUGCCAAGAUAUUAAUUGCAGUAUAGAGGAUAAACCUUCAAGCCCGGAAAUCAUAGACAGUACUCAAGUAGCUGAGCAACAGAGGCACUCAGAGAGAACAACAGAUAAUGCUAUGUUAAGUGAAGCUUAUAUGUCAACUACAACUGGAAAAAUACCUGCUAAAACUAUUAGUAGUGGCCAAUGCUUUAUGGAACCACCCUUGCUAUCAUCAGAAAUGCCUGACUUUGGAGAUUCGGCCAAAGAAGGUAAAGCUUUUUUGGCUGGAGGUUUAUGUUCGCCUUUGAGGUUUCAACAUGAGGAUUCGAAGAAGUGUGUUCCUUCCACUAAACUUAGGGAUCAUAAAAAUACUAAAAGCUCCGGAUCUCCCAAAGGCAGUUUAGAAUGCUCUCAAAUGAUGCCCCCAGAAGCAGAUUCAGAUGAACAGAAUGGAGACCUCUGCAACCUUAAAGCCAAAGUAAAAUCUAAUCAUGCUCAGGCUGUUUGUAAGAAAGAGAAUUAUACAGAAGCAGGAGGUCACUCAUUCAUUGAUCCUGGAGGGUCCAAAACUAGAUGCAGCAUAACCCCAGAUGUAACUUGCAUAAAAUUGAAGGGGGCACAAGAUGAAUAUGUACCUCCACGAAAUGCUUGGGUGAGUUGUGACAAUUGCUAUAAAUGGAGGCGUAUACCAGCCACGCUUGCAGAUUCCAUCGAAGACAGAAAAAGCAGUUGGAUCUGUGAGGACAAUGUGGAUAAAGACUUUGCUGACUGCUCAAUUCCUCAAGAGAAAUCAAAUGCAGAAAUCAAUGCGGAGUUGGAUAUAUCGGAUGCAUCAUGUGAAGAAGAUGCUGGUGCUUCCCUUCACAUGAUCGAUAGACUGGAGAAAAAGAAAGCAACAGUUUCUAAGCAGUCCUCUUGGAAGCUAAUCAGAUCGAACCAUUUUCUGCAUCGUACCCGUAAAACUCAAGCUAUCGAUGAGAUAAUGGUUUGUCACUGCAAAGCACCUCUAGGUGGCCGAAUGGGCUGUGGGAAUGGAUGCCUGAAUCGGAUGCUUAACAUUGAAUGUGUAAAAGGAACAUGUCCAUGUGGACAACUUUGUUCAAACAAUCAGUUCCAAAAAAGGAAUUAUGCAAAACUGAAGUGCUUUCGGUGCGGAAAGAAAGGCCACGGGCUUCAGUUACUAGAAGAUGUUCGUGAGGGGCAAUUUCUUAUUGAAUAUGUGGGGGAGGUGCUUGAUAUGCAUGCCUAUGAGGAUCGGCAAAAGGAGUAUGCUCUGAAGGGGCAUAGGCAUUUUUAUUUCAUGACGCUAAAUGGCAGUGAGGUAAUAGACGCUUGUUCCAAAGGGAAUUUGGGUCGCUUUAUAAACCACAGCUGUGAACCAAAUUGCCGUACAGAAAAGUGGAUGGUGAAUGGGGAAGUUUGUAUUGGAAUCUUUGCAUUAAGAGAUAUUAAGAAGGGUGAAGAGGUGACAUUUGAUUAUAAUUACGUACGGGUUUUUGGGGCUGCUGCCAAAAAAUGUGUAUGUGGUUCAUCUCUGUGUCGGGGUUAUAUAGGUGGUGAUCCUUCAAGUGAUGAAAUUAUUGUGCAAGAUGAUUCAGAUGAAGAAGAUUUAGAAUCAAUUACAGUUUCUGAAGAUGGCGAUGAUAACCUGGCCAAUGUGGUUUCAACUAGCAAUUCUGUUGACGUUCAUGUCACAGAUUUGUGUACUGUUGAGAAAGAUGUUUGUGAAGAAGCUGCAACUGAUGUUGAGCAUUUGAAGGGUAUGUCAGAGAUGCAUGCUCCAUAUAGUUUAUCGAGACCGAGAAAAGAAAACCAUGCUUUAAGAACUGCUGCUGGAUGUACAGGGAUGGCUCCUAGCAUCGAAGAACCUAUGCAAAAACCUUCAUCUGCUGAUCCAGAACAAAGUUUUGUGGAAAUGGACAGUAAGGUGGGACUAGCAUCACCUAUACAAACUAUAGAUACUUCCAUGCAACUGGAUGAUGGAGAGAGAAAAAUCAUGUUAGUGUUUGACGAAAUAGCAAACAAAUCUUUGGGCACCACACGGAGCUUUAAGAGUGCGACAACAAAAUUGGGCAGAUCAUCAAUUGAUAAAGCUGAUACUCGAAGGAAGUGCAAAAUUGGUGUCAAGGAAGACAGGAAUGUUGUUUCGGCAUCACCUCUCAUCAUUAAUACCUCUCGCUCACCAUCAUCAUUUAAAAAAGGAAAACUUCAAAAGAGUGACGUGCUUGUUAAAAAUGUGGAAAAAGGCAACAAAUUACAUCAGUUAUCCUACAAACCAAAUAAGCUAGUGGACAGUUCCUCAGGUGAUCCUUUUGAAGCAGUCCAGGUGAAGCUUAACAAGCUGCUGAAUGCUGAAGGGGGGAUAAGCAAAAGAAAAGAUGCAUCAAAGGUGUACCUGAAGCUUCUCUUCUUAACUGCUGCUUCUGGAGAUGGUGGCAAUGGAGAAGCAAUUCAAAGCAACCGAGAUCUUUCGAUGAUUCUUGAUGCCCUCCUGAAAACACAAUCACGAACUGUUUUGGCUGAUAUAAUUAACAAAAAUGGUCUGCAGAUGUUGCACAAUAUAAUGAAGCGGUGCAGAAAAGAGUUUCAUAAGAUUCCAAUUCUCAGAAAGCUUCUCAAGGUCAUAGAGUACCUGGCCAUGAGGGAGAUACUUACCCUGGAACACAUCACUACUGGCCCCCGCUGUGUUGGGGUGGAGAGUUUUAGGGAGUCAAUCCUGUCAUUGACAGAGCAUGAUGACAAACAGGUUCAUAAAAUUGCACGUAGUUUUCGAGAUAAAUGGAUUCCUCGACAUUUAAGGAAAAACAAUUACAUGGACAGAGAAUCUAGUAAGAUGGAUUUUCACAGGAGGGCCUCAAACUGCAACAGGUUAUCAGCAAUACACUGUCAGUCAUCGGAUUUGGGUGAAAGACGGCCUGAGUCAGUAGAAUGCAUCAAGCAACAAGAAAGGGGGGAGAAAGUUUGUCGUGAAAAGUUGGACAGCUGCUCUGCAUCAUGUAGUAAUGACUGUGUUGCCAGUGAAACAAGCUCAGGCAAGCGUAAAAGUGGAUGGGACCAACCAGCAGAGUCAGGCCUAGGUAUAGGUUCUCCCCCACAUAAAAAAUCAAGAACCGAUCCCGUAAAUGUACAAAUUUCAAAGAUACACCCACGGCAUGGGAUUACUGGUGUGUGGUCUAACCAGGCUGCCAUCAUAUAUGAGGAAAAACAUACAAACCGAUCUGUAAAUGAUUCCCCUCAUCCAACCAAAACCAAAGAUGUAGAUGAUAACGGGCAGAACUUUGGUGGGGAUGUACCUCCUGGGUUUUCUUCUCCUUACAAAGAUUCUUUAGUGUCAUCUAGUGGUGCUUCAACUGCUAAAGGUCUUCACAUAGAAAAGUGCUUCUGCCCUGAGUACCAGUAUGAAGGCGUAGUAGGUCAUCCGCAAGAGAGAUUUAUUUCAAGGAUGCCUGUUUCAUUUGGAAUUCCAUUGCAUGCGGUGGAGCAAUUUGGUAGACCUCUAGCUGAAACUGCUGAGAAUUUGGCUGUAGCUGCUGGAAUUCCUUUUUACCCUUACCCUCCACUACCUUCGUAUGGCCGCGAUAGGCGAAGCUCUGAAUAUGCUUCAUGUUCUUUGACUGUAAAAUCAGAUGCAGUUGUGAAGGAAGAAUUUCAAAAUAGUGCCACUUAUCGGUCGGAUCAAAAUACUUCUAGCACAUCUGCUGCUGCCACUCUGGAUUUGGAACAUCCUACUGCCAUCAAACAGCACAAUUCUCAAGGAACAAGUGGCUCCUCCAAUUGCUUGGAAAGGAAAUUCUUUAGGCAGCAAAGAUGGAGCAAUACAAAAUUUAGUCCUCCCUGGGUCCGGAAUAGACUUGGUGGGGGGAACUUUGGGUACGGUCCAAGAAAUGGAGACAAAUUUUAUAGGCCUCGGCACUGGAGCUAACAUACUGAAAGGUUUGUCUAGCUCAGAGCAGAUACAUGUGGAAGUAGGAGUUGUGGGGAUACAAUUUAGCAACACCAAACUUAGCUUUUAGCCAUCAAAAUAUCUAGAUAUACCAUCUCCAGUUUUCCUUUGUACUUGCUGUUCUUUAAUUAUUUUCUCAGAAUAGAAUCAAGGUAUUAUAUGGUACUGCAUCUAGUCCUGGUGUUUUAUAGGUUUGGAAAGCAAUUAUCCUGAUUUAGUAUUCCAUCGGCUGGACAUUUACACCUCAAAGAGGUAAGCAACCUGUUGUUUUCAUAAAUUUGAAAUUUGUUUGAUAAGUUAACAAUAUGUAUACUUUUUUUUUUUAAGGUCA